AUGAAAAAAAGAAGCAGUGUGAGCGAUACUAAUAGCUUGGAAGAUCAUAACAAUGGUGGAAGAUCAGAGAAACAUAGCAUCAUGAACGAAAGCAACACUACAACAGAUAAUUAUUCUUGGGGGAACGUUACUGAACAAGAUGGUGUUGGGGAAGGAGGUGAUUUGCUUGGUGGGUUCUCAUGGCCACCAAGAUCUUACACGUGUACUUUCUGUAAGAGAGAGUUCAGAUCCGCUCAAGCUCUCGGGGGUCACAUGAACGUUCAUAGAAGAGACAGAGCAAGACUUAGACAAAUACCAUCUUCAAGAGAUCUUCAUCUUCAUUCUCACAACUGCUCUUCUAAUUACAACCCACACCCUAACCCUGAUUCAAAACCUAACCCUAACCCUAAUUUCUCACCAUAUUGUUUCUCAAAUAUGUCAUCCGCUCCAACAAUGUUACCUCCUUUGAUCUCGUCAUCACCCUCUUCUCCACAACCGAAUUUUCCAUGUGUAUCACACUCGACAACGCAUCCUUCCUAUCGUUUGCGUCAUAGAGCUUGUCAAAAUUUAACCAUGAUAAAACCUCAGAUUCUGCCUUAUGGGGUUUGUAAAUAUGAUAGUUUUCCAAAUGAAAACGAGGGUGAGAUUGUCAAGAAACAAGAUAUUAUUAGGUUGAAUUUGGAGAUCGGUUUUGGUGAAUCAAAGUCUGAUGAUUUGGAUUUGGAGCUUCGGCUUGGAUGCUCUUAG